AUAUAAUAUGGCGAAUAAAGUAUGCGCAGUUGGUUACAAUGUCGCUAAUUUUUUUUAAACUUAGAUGUGUUUCUAACUAAUAUCAUGUCAUCUAUUUUGUGCAGACAACGAAAUUUACCAGAAUGUACACAGUUUUAUAAUCUUCCAAAAUUAAGUGAAAAUGGUUCCGAAAAGGUUGCAAUAAUCCAACAAAAUGAAUGGCAGAGAAUAAGAGAUAAUGCAUUAAAUUUGAAUACAGAUAAUGAAGUUUUUGCUAGACAACAAAAAGAGAGAGAGGAGCUAUAUGCAAAAUCUAAAGAGCUUGCAAAAAAUUGGAACCAUACUAUUCAGGGCCAGCGAUUUAAAAAGCUAGAAGAAAAAAAGUUCAGAGAUGAGCAGGAUGAGAUAAAAAAACAGCAGAUAGAUAUUGAAGAAGAACAACUGAAGUCUCAGCAGAGGAAAGAAGCUAUUGCACUUGCAAAACAACAGCAGUAUUUUCAAACUGAUAGAGUAAAGAAAUUUCAUGGAGCCCUACUACUAACUGAAGUUUUGAAGGAAAGAGAUGCUCAGUGCAAGUUUAAACUUCAAAAACAAGAAUGGGAAAAAAAAAGAAAUGAGCAUCUUUUGGAAAUGGAAAAUAAGAGUAUCGAAGAAGCUGCUAAAAAUGAAGAGAAAAAAUUGGCUCUUAAAUUAAAGAAAGAACUUAAUGUUGCUGACUUUCUUUUACUUCAAAUGAAAGAUAAACAUGAGAAUCUCAAACAAGAAAAAGAAGUAGGUCUACAGGAAAGAAAUACUCUCAAACAACAGUAUGACGAGUUUGAAUCUGCUAAUAAAUCAAAAGAGUUAUCUCAGCUUCAUUCUAAGACUCAGUUAAUUGAUGAAUAUAAAAAUGAAAUCAUUUUAAAAAAGAUGCAACAAGAAAAAGAAAGAUUAAGAAAUGAAGUUGAAGAUAGCAAAAUUGAAAGCUAUGUUAGAGCUAAAAAGAAAAUGUCAAGUGUUCGAAGACAAAAAGAAAAAGAGUUAUUUGAUGCGAAUGAACAGCGCAAGGAAAAAAUACAAACCAAACUAAAGGAAAUUUUAAAAAGUAGAGUUGAUAAUGAAGAUAUCAGGCUUCUUAGUGCUGUGAAUGAAAGAGAACGUCAACGUCUGGAAAAAGAGGAAAAUGAAAGAAUUAAAAGCAAAGAAAUAGUUCAAUCAAUUAAUCUUCAUCGUGAGCAUGUGCUUGCAGAAGCCGAUAAAGUUGCAAAAGAAACCAAACUGAUAGACAAAUUUGAUCUUCAAAAGCGGGUAGAAGAUGACAUAAGUUUUCAUAAAAAAAUAGAGUUGGACAAACUUAAUCGCCGGUCUCAGCUAUCUAAUAUUCAAUGUUACCAGAAAUGCCAAAUGAACAAUAAAGCAUCUGAUAACAAACGUGAGAUCGAAAAUAACUUAAACCUCGACAAACAGUACGAAGAAUCUUUUAUCAAAGAAGAAGAAUUAUUUCAGGACUACGCUCAAAAAGUUAUCGAAGAUGCAAAAAAUGCUGGUAGAAAUCCGAUUAAUCUUAUAAAAGCUGCAAAUGAAGGGUCAGGAGGUGGAAGAGGUCCAAAAUUUGACAACAAAUCUGGCUUAAGACCUAGUUACAUAGUUGCUGAUGCUACUGGUGUUCAGUUACCGCAUUACUUUAAAGAUCCCGCUGUUUAUAAUCUUUCGCACGGACAUGUUGGCACUUCUGGUAAACGUUUAGGGUUUACUUGGUAAUUUUGAAGCAGUAUCAUUUUUAUUAUAUUAAAUUAAUGCUUAGAUGCGUUAUAUAAUGUGAGAUACGUGUUAUGCAAUCUGUGAUGUGAAUUUUUUUAUCUAAAUAUUUUAAAGUAUUUUAUAGGUAAUGAUAUAUAAAGUAUUUUAUAUAUACAAAACCUUUUUUUUUCUAAAAAAGUAUUUUAUUAAGAGCUGAAAUGUUAUGUUCCUAAAGAAAAAUAAUAUUUUCAUUCGGUUUUUUAUUUAGCUUCAAAAGCUUUAAAGUUUUUUAAAUUUUUAUUAAUUUAUUAUUGUUAUGAAACUUUUUUAAAAUUUAUCAGCCAAACACCAUUACGAAAUCCUUAACUCGUUAUAAUUUCGAGAUAAUGCUCACAUAAACUAUUUUUGCAUCGUGCUUUUUUUUAAAUUUAAAGCUUUCUAAAU